AUGUCACGUGAACCGUUGGCUCUUAUCAACCUCAAAAAGAAAAAUGAAGAAACCGGGGAAGAAGAACUUGCCUCGCGCUUAGAUCACUGCAAAGCAAAAGCCACCAGGCACAUAUUCCUUAUCCGUCAUUCUCAGUACAAUUUGGAUGGCCGGGCUGAUAAAGACAGGACGCUGACCCCACUUGGUCGAGAGCAGGCUGAACUGACUGGACACAGGCUGGCAAGUUUGGGAUUAAAAUUUGAUCAGAUUAUCCACUCCUCCAUGACUAGAGCAACUGAAACAACUGAAAUUAUAAGCAAACAUCUACCAGGAGUCAAAAAAAUCAGUACUGACCUGCUGAGAGAGGGAGCACCUAUAGAACCAGACCCUCCAGUCUCUCACUGGAAACCAGAAGCUGUGCAGUAUUACGAAGAUGGCGCUCGAAUUGAGGCAGCUUUUCGAAACUUCAUCCAUCGGGCUGAUGCAAAGCAGGAGGAAGACAGCUACGAGAUCUUUGUCUGCCAUGCCAACGUGAUCCGCUAUAUCGUGUGCAGAGCGUUGCAGUUCCCCCCGGAAGGCUGGCUGCGAAUGUCCCUUAACAACGGCAGCAUAACUCACCUGGUGAUACGGCCGAAUGGGAGAGUGGCGCUUCGCACGCUGGGGGACACAGGCUUCAUGCCUCCCGACAAAAUCACGCGCACCUGAGUGAGCGGAACUGAUGGCUGUCCCGGAGCUGCCUCUAGUCUCUUUGCACUAGUACAUUCAGCUGCAGUACCACUAGAUUGUUACCUGUUUUGUUGGGGUGUGAUGCUGUCUUAAAAUGUCCUUUAGCCCCCUGCCUCUGUGCGUAUUCACAUCUGCCUUUCAGU